UCCUGCUCUUCCUCAGGGUUUCCGUGGCAACUCUGCACAAUCUGUAAGGGGUAUUCGCACAAACUAUUCUUAGAGAUCUUGCCCAACUUUCAGGGCUUCUUCCAGCAGCAUGCGCUUAGGGCAUGCAGCACCCUCGGAAGAGGGGAUGCAGAUUGUUUCUGAAAGUUAUCCAUCCAGGCACCCUCAAUCGUUAUAUGCUGUAACAUUGCGUAAUAAUGAGCGGGAUGGGAUGUCAAGGAUAUAUCAUGAUAGACAUCGAUCUCUAGCUGAUGAUGCAGCUUUCCAUGGUCGCUUUUCAUCUGAGGGUUUUACGGUCGCGGACCGCUCCGUUUUUUACGGGUCUAGAAAUAUGUUUGAUCAGCAUAGAGAUAUGAGAUUGGACAUAGACAACAUGACUUACGAGGAACUACUUGCAUUAGGGGAAAGAAUUGGAAGUGUUAAUACACGCUUGCCCGAAGACUCGAUAUCUAAGUGUUUGGCCGAAACAAUUUACCACUCUUCAGAUCAAAUCCAGUAUAAGAGCUCGUGUGAUAUGCAUGGGCUUAGAUCAGGGGCGAUGCCUGCCAGUGAGCAAGGUGAUGCCCAGAGUUGUUCAGAAGUCGGAGCUAUAGCCGAGUCAAGGUGUGAGCUUGUGGAAGCCAACCAAAGAUGA